GCUCUUGACUCUCUAGAUUUUCAGUCAGUCUGUCGAGAAUUUUGUUGAAUGACAACAUCAUCGAGAUGAAGCUAAGCAUAUUCGAGAAUCCCAACUGCCUGCUGAAUCGCAGAAAUCGUUAUCAGUUCUUAGCCACAUUUCUAGUGACAUUUUCGACAUUUUCUCAUGGGGUGGGCGUUGGUUGGAUGUCCCCUGUUAUGAGGGAUUUGCAAUCACCCGAAUCGCCGCUCAGCUUUGAGGUGUUUGUUGAGGAAAUAUCCUGGAUUGGCUCGCUGAUUGGCAUUGGCAGUAUUAUUGGGAAUUUAUUGGCUGGCUUUCUACAAGAUCGCAUUGGACGCAAGCCAGUCUUGUAUUUCCUAGCCUUUCCUUAUUUGUGUUUCUGGUUGUUGGCUUACUUUGCUCAGAGUGUGGAAUAUCUUUAUGCGGGUCGUCUCUUGGCUGGCAUUACAGGCGGCGGAGGCUAUAUAGUUUUACCCAUUUUUAUCAGUGAAAUCUCCGAUGCCAAAAUUCGUGGUCGUCUUGGCUCUAUGCUCAUGCUCUCGGUCAACAUGGGCGUGCUCGUUGGUUAUAUUCUCUCCACAAAUGUGCAUUACUAUAUAGCGCCCUUUUUCAUCAUUCCGCUGCCCAUUUGCUAUUUGGUUGGCAAUCUUUUUCUGCCUGAGACGCCUUUUUAUUUGAUUACCAAAGGCAAAUUUGGUGCUGCAGAAAAGUCCUUUAGAUUUUACAAGAAUAUUCAAGAGAAUGACAAGACUUCAAUGGCAGAGUUUGAGGAGAUCAAGUAUAAGUUGACCAAGGAGCAGGCACUAAAGGUCAAUGCCUUUAACUACAAGGAUUUCAUUACCAAGCCUGCCUUUAAGGCCUAUGCCACAGCCUUGGUGCUGCUCGGUUGCAAUCAAUUUACGGGCACCUUUUGCUUCACCACCUACAUGACGGACGUCUUUGAGAUCUCACAUGCUUCGAUGGAUGCGGGCACUUCCACUAUUAUCCUGGGAGCUGUUCAAAUUGUGGGCGUCUGUGCCACAAUUUUGUUCUGUGAUCGAUAUGGUCGCAAAUUCCUGUUAAUGAUCUCUUCUCUUGGUGCUUCCAUUUGUCUGGCUGCCUUUGGUUUUUACAUAUACUUUGCGGAACGUUACGAUCUCUCUGCCUGGGGAUGGAUUCCAUUGGUGCUCUUGGCAUUGGAGAUGUUCUUAUGUCAUAUUGGUUUGGUUGGCAUCAUCUUUGUGGUCUUGGUUGAGGUCAUGCCAGCUCGGAUACGUUCGGUGGCCGUCUCUACAUUUAUUGUUCUUCUCAGUUGCCUCGUUUUUCUCACGCUGAAAAUCUUUCCACUCUGCUUAAAGUACUGGGGACUUGCCAUCACUAUGUGGGCUGCCAGCGUCGUUGGAUUGCUUGGUUUCAUCUACUUUAGCUUGUGCUUUGUCGAGACCAAAGGCAAAUCUAUGCUGGAUAAUUUCAAUUUAAUAUGCAUUGCUCAUGGCAUUGGAAUUGGUUGGUUUGCGCCCACAAUGCGCAAAAUGCAAACCGAAGAGACGCCCAUGAAUUUUAUGGCCACCGUCUCUGAGGUCUCCUGGGUUGGUUCAUUCCUGGGCAUGGGAGCGAUGACAGGAAAUGCUCUAAUGGGAAUCAUUCUUCCCUAUUUGGGCAGCAAGUUGUGUCUACUUUUUGUAGCCAUUCCUCAGACGUGCUAUUGGCUUUUGGUAUAUUUCGCCGAGAGAGUCGAGUAUCUUUAUGUGGGACGCUUUCUUGGCGGUCUUUGCAGUGGUGGCAUGUACAUCAUUCAUUCCAUGUUCCUCAGCGAAAUUUCAGAUCCCAGAAUUCGUGGGACACUCGGUGCUAUAGUGAUGUUAUCUGUGAAUAUAGGCGUGUUUCUUGGCUACAUUAUGGGCACACACAUGCCGUUCAGCAUCACACCAUUCAUAGUAUUAUUACUUCCAGUUUGUUACUUUUUAUUAACGCUAUGUUUUAUACCGGAAUCGCCAGUGCAUCUGAUAAGAAAAGGCAACUUGAAGGCGGCUGAGAUAUCUUUCCGUUAUUAUAAGAAUAUCAAGGAUUUCAAUCGAUCUGCAGCAGUGGAGGAAUUCGAGGAUAUGCGACAGAAGCUAACGGAGGAUGACAAGGCAUCUAGUAACGUGACUAUCAAGGAUUUUGUGUCCAGAUCAGCUUUCCGAGCUUAUGCAUCCGCUGCAGUCUUGCUGAUUGCGAAUCAAUUCAGCGGCAUUUUCGCCAUGGUCAGCUACAUGUCGGACAUCUUUGAAAAAUCGGGCAGCACUAUGGACCCAGAUACCUGCACCAUUAUCAUUGGCAUCGUUCAGAUUCUAGGCACAUAUGCAACGGCUUUACUUUGCGAUGUCUGGGGACGUCGUCUGCUUCUCGUUGUCUCCUCGGGCGGAGUUGCUGUCAGUCUCUUUGGUUUCGGUUUCUUUACAUAUUUUGCACAGUGGUACGAUUUGAGUGAUUGGAGUUGGGUGCCUCUUGUGUUGAUGUCGAUCUGCAUCUUUAUGGGCAAUAUUGGACUUGUCGGCUGCUUCUUUAUGGCCUUGGUCGAAAUGUUUCCUCUAAAGAUUCGCACUCGUGCCACAUCGAUUUCUGUGGUUAUUUGCGGCUUCUUUGUGUUCAUCAUGCUCAACAUUCUCCCACUGUGCAUGGCUGAAUGGGUUUCAGUUGGAAAUAGAAUUUCGCUCGUGCCAGACUCAAUCAGCUCGAAAGUAGAAAUGUUUGAACGACUCUUAGCGCGCCCAAACUGUCUGAUUAAUCGCAGGAAUCGCUAUCAGCUGUUAUCCACAGUGCUCAUUAAUUUAAUAUGCAUAUCACAUGGCAUUGGCAUUGGUUGGUUGUCGCCAACGCUGCGCAAGCUACAAACUCCCGAAUCGCCUUUGAGUUUCCCCCUUAACGUUAAUGAAGUGUCUUGGGUGGGCUCCGCUUUGGGCAUAGGAUCGGUUAUUGGCAAUUCACUCAGUGGUCUGUUAAUUUCGCGCCUAGGCAGUAAAGCUUGUCUGCUCUUCAUCGCAUUGCCACACUCGUGCCUUUGGAUUAUGGUGUACUUUGCCACGAGCGUGGAGUAUCUGAUCGCAGGACGCUUGCUAGCUGGCAUCACAGGAGGCGGCAUUUAUAUAAUACAUCCACUUUUUAUCAGCGAAUAUUGCGAUGCAAACAUCCGUGGAACUUGUGCCACCAUGGUGAUGUUGUCGGUUAACACGGGUAUUCUUAUAGGCUACAUUGUGGGCACUCAUGUCUCAUACUAUGUUGUGCCAUUUAUCGUACUUAUCUUACCGCUGAGUUUCUUUAUAUCUGUGCUCUUAUUCAUACGCGACUCACCGAUGCAUCUCAUCAACAAGGGCAAGUUUACGGCUGCUGAAGCAUCUUUUAGAUACUACAAGAACAUUAAAGAUAGCGACAGCUUAAGUGAUCAGGCCACCGCAAUGGCAGAAUUUAAAGAUAUGAAAAUGACCCUGACAAAUGAAGAUAAUCAGCUCGACAAGGUGACCAUAAAGGAUUUUUUCACUCGAGCUGCCAUUAAAGGCUACGCUAUGGCUUCUGUUAUAGUCAUUGCCAAUCAGUUUAGCGGCGUCUUUACCAUGGUCAACUAUAUGACAGAUAUCUUUGCCAAGUCGGGCAGCACUAUGGAUCCAAAUACUAGCACAAUUAUCAUUGGAUCUGUGCAACUCUUUGGUGCCUAUGUCACUACACUCCUUUGCGAUGUCUUUGGCCGCAGAAUUCUGAUGCUUGUUUCAUCGGCUGGCGUAGCAUUAAGUUUAACUGGUUUCGGUUUCUUUACCUACUUCACUGAGAUGUAUGAUCUGAGCCAAUGGAACUGGGUGCCAGUGGCCAUAAUGUCGGUGGACAUCUUUUUGGGCAACAUUGGCCUAGUUAGCUGCCUAUUUGUGCUCAUGGUUGAAAUGUAUCCCCUCAAGAUUCGUGCCAGAGCAACAUCGAUUUCGAUUGUUGUCUGCAGUUCAUUGGUAUUUCUCAUGCUCAACAUUUUCCCCCUAUGCAUGCAUUACUGGGGACUGCCUACAACAAUGUGGUCUAUGGGGGGCAUUACUUUCUUCUGCUUUAUUUGCUUUUUAUUCUUUUUAAAAGAAACCAAAGGAAAGUCGAUGCUAGAAGAUUGAUCGAAAAGUGAACAACUGGUAUUUUCAAUGUUAUCGAUAAGCUAUCGAAAAUGGUUGGUCAAUGUACACACAAAAAAAGCUGGUUGCUAUAGUUCCAUAACGGUGAAUUUGCAAAACCCAAAAUAUUGCGCAAUAAAAUAAAUAUUUUUAAAAAACAUAUCCAAAGCAAACAUUGCAACUAAUAAUUUAAACAGUACUUACCAAAUCGAAGCUCCGUUUUUUUAGGAAUAAUUAAUAUUUAUCUUCUAUAGCUCAUUUCCUUAGUUAAUCGCACAUGCAAGCGUCCAAUUCAGAUAUUUUUGCACAACACAUUCACUCAAUUCACUACACUCAAUUAAUUGUAUUCACAUGAUGCUUUUCUAUUUGCACAAAGCAAUUUUCACUUUCACAAUAAAAAAAAAUAAAAAA